AUGUUAUCUAGAAGUGUUAAAUCUUCAUUAAAACGUACCUCAUCAGUACUUAAACAAUCCAAUGUUAUUAAACAAUCCAAUGUUACUAAACAAUCUUUCAAAAUUUUAAAUGUUCAAAUAUCAAGAUCAUUACAUUUAAAUAAUACAAACACUCCAAGAUUUCAAUUAAAUACUCCAUUAUCAUUCAAAAGAUUUGGUAGUACUACUGUUAAAGUACCAGAUAUGGCUGAAUCAAUUACUGAAGGUACUUUAUCAGCUUUUAACAAAGAAGUUGGUGAUUAUGUUGAACAAGAUGAAACUAUUGCUACUAUUGAGACUGAUAAAAUUGACGUCGAAGUUAAUGCUCCUGUUGCAGGUACAAUUAAAGAAUUUUUAGUUGAUGUUGAAGCUACUGUUGAAGUUGGCCAAGAUUUAGCUAUAAUUGAAGAAGGUGGUGAACCUGCAAAAGGUGCUGCAACAAAAGCUGAAUCAAAACCAAAAACUGAAGAACAACCUGAAAAGAAAGAAGAAGCUAAAUCAGAAUCAAAAAAAGAAGAAUCAAAACCAGAAACAAAAAAGGAAGAAAAAAAACCAGAACCAAAGAAAGAACAACCUAAAAAAGAAACAAAACAAGAAUCAACUCCAUCAUUCACAAACUUUUACAGAAAUGAAGAAAGAGUUAAAAUGAAUAGAAUGAGAUUAAGAAUUGCUGAACGUCUUAAAGAAUCACAAAACACUGCAGCAUCAUUAACUACAUUUAAUGAAGUUGAUAUGUCAAAUUUAAUGAAUAUGAGAAAACAAUAUAAAGAUGAGUUUUUAGAAAAAACUGGUAUUAAAUUAGGUUUUAUGGGUGCUUUUUCCAAAGCAGCAUGUUUAGCAGCAAAAGAUAUUCCUGCUGUAAAUGCAUCAAUUGAAAAUAAUGAUACGUUAGUAUUUAGAGAUUAUACUGAUAUUUCAAUUGCUGUUGCAACUCCAAAAGGUUUAGUUACUCCAAUUGUUAGAAAUGCAGAAUCAAGAUCAAUUUUAGGUAUUGAAAAAGAAAUUGCAUCAUUAGGUAAAAAAGCAAGAGAUGGCAAAUUAACUUUAGAAGAUAUGACUGGUGGUACUUUUACAAUUUCAAAUGGUGGUGUUUUUGGUUCAUUAUAUGGUACACCAAUUAUUAAUAUGCCUCAAACUGCUGUCUUAGGUUUACAUGGUGUUAAAGAAAGACCAGUUACUGUAAAUGGACAAAUUGUUUCAAGACCAAUGAUGUAUGUAGCUUUAACUUAUGAUCAUAGAGUUUUAGAUGGUAGAGAAGCUGUUACAUUCUUGAAAACAAUUAAGGAAUUGAUUGAAGAUCCAAGAAAGAUGUUAUUAUUAGAAUAA